CUUUCAUCCUGCAGAUUUCAUGUUAAUUCCAACAUGAUGUCUGGUUUUCAUGGUACCAAACAUUCCCACAACAAGGCUCGGACAUCUCCUUAUCCAGGUUCAAAAGUUCAACGCAGCCAGGUUCCUAAUGAUAAAGUGGGCUGGUUUGUUGAGUGGCGUGACUAUAAUCCUGUGGAAUACACUGCAGUUUCUGUCCUGGCUGGACCUCGGUGGGCAGAUCCUCAGAUCAGUGAAAGCAACUUCUCUCCCAAGUUUAAUGAAAAGGAUGGGCAGGUUGAGAGAAAGAGCCAGAAUGGCCUGUAUGAGGUUGAAAAUGGAAGACCUAGAAAUCCUGCAGGACGGACUGGACUGGUUGGCCGGGGGCUUUUGGGGCGAUGGGACCCCAAUCAUGCUGCAGAUCCCAUCAUAACCAGGUGGAAAAGGGAUAGAAGUGGAAAUAAAACCACCCAUCCCAUUUCUGGGAAAAACAUCUCACAGUUUGUUGCAAUAAAAAGGAAAGACUGUGGAGAAUGGGCAAUCCCAGGGGGGAUGGUGGAUCCAAGAGAGAAGAGAAGUGCCACACUGAAAAGAGAAUUUGGUGAGGAAGUGCUCAACUCCUUACAGAAAUCCAGUGCUGAGAAGAAAGAAUUGCAGGAAAAGUUGCACCAGCUCUUCAGCCAGGAACAUCUAGUGAUAUAUAAAGGUUAUAUUGAUGAUCCUCAAAACACUGAUAAUGCAUGGAUGGAGACAGAAGCUGUGAAUUACCAUGAUGAAACAGGUGAAAUAAUGGAUAACCUUACCUUAGAAGCUGGAGAUGAUGCUGGAAAGGUGAAACGGAUGGACAUCAGCGAUAAACUCAAGCUUUAUGCUAGUCAUGCUCAGUUCAUCAAGCUUGUGGCAGAGAAACGAGAUGCACACUGGAGUGAGGACGCUGAGACUGGCUGCCCUGGGUAACAGCUCAUAGUCUCCACAUAAGCCAAAAGCCAGGAACGGAGCAUGUACGGAGAAGAAGACAGUAUCAGAACUCAUAUAUAAAAAGGGCAGGGCAGGGCACUUGGAAAUUACUUUAUUCAUUAAAUGACAGGCAGUUAGGUUUUGCAUCAAAAUAAAAUUAGCAGGUGUGGUGAAACAACACAGAAUUUUCUGCUCUUCUGUCAAAAGUGCUGUAAACAAUCAUUUUGUAUGUAUUCUACUUAAGCAUGGCUUAACCCAAAUUGAAACAACUGAUGCUCUUUGAAGAAUCAGAAUUCGAACACAGAUAAAUUUAGAUAAAUUUCUGUUCAGCCAUAAAAAAAA